AUGCAGCAAAAAUCAAUCAAUUUAAUACAUAGAAAGUUUAAAUUCCCAGAAAUUGAGAGUUCUAAUAAAUCAAAUCGUUCUAGAGGUUCACCAACAUCAAGCAGAAAUAAUACAAGUUAAGAGAGAGAUAUCUCGAUUGAUGGUGGAAAUUCAAUAUAAGUGUUUAAAAUAAGAAAUGUUCAAGUUUCUGAAAGAAGUUUAUCUCCAAAAGAGGAAAAGAUAUUUAAUAUGAGCAAGAGUACUUAACUAAAAAGUAGAUAGGAACAAAAUGAGGAUUAUACUGACCGUAAUUCAUAGGAGUUAAUGUUACCAAAAAUUUAUUCACCAAUCUUAACUCCUAAUAAAAAUAUUGUUGUUACUAAAAUGAAAGACUCUAUAUUUAAACCAUUAUUAUGUAGAUAAGAAAUUAUUGAUCAUCAAAUAAAUAUCAAAUUAUAAAACAAAAUACAUGAUUAAUUGAAAAAAGGAGUAAAUAUUAAAUGUUUAUAUUUAUCAUAACGAACAGAUGUAUAAAUAAAUAAAAUUAUUGUUUUGAAUUUUGAUAGUAAGUUUGACUUAUUAUCAAAGGUUUGGUGCUUGGAAAACGAAAAUCUUUUUGGGAGUAACAAAAUGAAAUAACAAUGUGUUCAUAAAUAAUUGGAUCAAAAUGUGAUAAUUCUUAUUGUGCAUGUGCAUUAUAAAAAGAAUUGAAAUCUACAUUAUCUAUGUAAAUUUAAUUUAAUAUUAUUUAGAUUAUCAAAACAAUUUUAUAUUGUCUUACUUUUUGAAUGUACUAUCAGAGGUUAAGUUUGGCAAUAAUUUUUAAUAGAAAGUAGAUUUUCUAUUGAUGCUAUUUAUUGUAUAUAAUAAAUAAGAUUGAAUGGUGGAGGAAUAAAAAUGAAAUAAAUAAUUUCUAAUUUUGGAAAUUCUGAUAUUAAAUAGUUAUUAUAUUUUGGAACUAUUGAUUGUGAAUCCUAAUAUAUUAUGAUUCCUAAAGAGUAAUUUUAUUAUCAAAUUCCAAUCAUUUAAGCCAAAACAAAUGUAUUAAUAUACUUAUUUCAAUUACAAAAAUCUAAAUUCUUAGAUUCUAAAUUAUUAUUUGAAAUUUGUAUGUUGAAUUGUAAUAAAUCUGAAAGUUUCAAUUAUAAAAGACCAAUAACAAUUAUAAAUUAUGAUCUAGAAUUAAUAAUAAAAUAAAUGAUAUACAAUGAAGAAGAAGAUAUUAUUUAAAAUUAUAUUUACAAAAACUUGUAUGUUUAUAUUUAAUCUUAAUAGAAAAUAAGAAGAUGAUUCAGUUUAUGAAAUAAAGGAAGAUUAAGAAGAAGGAAAUGAUUAAAAAAAUUUAUUGUUGAUUUGGUUAUAUUAAGCAAAAAAAUUACUAUUAGAUUAUUUUAAAAGCAUAAAUAAUGAAGAUCAAAUCUAAAAUCCUAUUAGUAUGUUAGGUGAUGUUUUGAGAAGAAAUACAUCAAUCUAAUUGAAUUUUAUUUCAGAAAAUUAUGAGAAACAAACAAAAAGAUAUAAAUUGUAUAAUGAAUUAAAAAGUUUGGCAAUAAAGUAACCAUCUUUUAGAAAAUAAAUUUAAAUUGAUUGUUUAAUUAUCUAUGAUUGA